UACAAUUUAAAAAAUACAUUUUGAUUUCAUUAGCAGUUUUUUUUUUUAAUAUUUUUCACAUAAACCAUGAAAAGUCAUUAUAUAUGUAAUAAAGGAAAACUUCACAAAAUAAUCUAGUCGAUCAAGCAAAGAAGAAGCUUUUGCUAACUUCCAAGAUUCAAUGUUGAAAUAGAAUAAUUUGGAAAGCACAAAAUGGUGAAAGCUCCGCAGAUAAGAGUUAGUAUCGUAAAAAUCUCUAUAUUAUGUAGUGUAGGGGAAAUCAUGGAAAGUCGUCGCCUGAUUUGCGCUCCUUCCUGAUGGUAGCUUCCCCUCUUUGAAUUCUCUCUCGCAACUCUCUUUGGCUCAAUGAAAAUCAUCGGUGGUCUCAUGAGUUGGAGCUUGAGCAGCAGAGACCAGUAGCAGUUGUUCGUGGCUUUGCUCACCCAGUGUUUCUUUUAUCUAACACUCCAAAAAGUGUUCUCCACACAAUAAACAGGGAAAAACAGUAGAAAUACGAGAAAAAAGAAAACUCCUGGAGACACGGUGGACUUUGGUAGUACCGUGGGGGUAUAGAGAAGUGUUUAAAACUUUGUGGUUGUCAGAUCUCUGUAUUCCUUGCCACAAAGAACAUUUCUUGUGGUGAUUUUGUGCUCUGUGAAAAGUAUAUAUAUGGCACCAGGGGAGGCAGAGACUAUGAAAAGACGUGAAGAAAAUUUUGCACGAAAUCCCAUUCGCCAUCUUAUGGAGGAACAUUUCUAUUUAGAAGUGAAUUGAAAAGGAUAAUUUCUCUUGUGGUUUUCGGGUGUUUUUGCAAAGAUUAAUUUUGAAAUGUGUGAAUAUUUUGCCAUACCCACCAACGAGAGUAUGGGCAAAAGUUCACAAUGAAGAAUAGAAUUUUCACACCAAAUCACUCACCAUAGCAUCGAUUUCUGCCAACUCGCAUGAACACCAAGUGAUUCCCGCUGGAAAUCCAACAAUUUAAUAAAAGCCUAAAUUGGCUUAUGGAUAUUCCUUAGGCCUUCGAUCGUCUCGAGCGUUAAAUCAAUGAAUAAACUCAUGUUUGUGCUUUCAUGAGGAGACGGAAUAUCUGAUUAGGUGCUCUUGUGUUCAAAAGGGAGGGACAUUUUUCUUGUUGGCCCGACGAACAACAUUCUCCUGAGACGUGGAAAACGGAGGAAAAUCACAUCGAGAUUUGUUUCUCAAAGUGAAAAUAAGCAAGAGAAAGCUCCCAAGUCAAAAGUGACACGGGGAAAGUUCACAGGGAGGUGAAUUUUUUUCCAUCUUUCGUCGUGUGCGGGGGUGUAUGUGUGUGUGUGAAAAUUUUCGGUGGGUGGUGUUGGAAAAGUUGAAGAAAGCUUUCUGAUGAGAAUGCUACGAGUUUCUCAACACAUUCAACCACCCAUCCCCAGCGAAAGCACACCAUUUGUGGAUAUUUAUCGGCAAAAAAUAGCUAAAUUAAUUUAAUACAUCGUGCCACUUUUGUCGUGAUUGUGAUUUUCUCUUAAAAAAAAAAAGAAAGGAAAAAAAAGCUUUGAAUUUUUGUAUUUUUGUGUGAAGCUCACCUCUUUUUGGGAGCUUUUCAUCACUUGUUCUAUUCUGCAAAAGUUAUUCUUCAAUAUUUUACUUUCGCGUGAAAAUCACCAAAAGACUUCUCAUCUCCGUGGGAGUCUCUGUACAAAUAAAACAUGUUCAAUUUGUGAAAAUAUAAAUCUGUGUGCGUAAAUUAAGGGAAAAGUUACAUUUGAAAAAAAAAUAUAUAUAAAAAGCUCUUAUACCGUCCAAGCAUUACAUAAUUUCGCAUGGUAAAUUAAUGGUGUGAAAAGAAAAUCCACAGAGAAAAGAGGGACUUUUUGCACAAAAUCUACAGUGAAAAUUUCACGCAGAGAAAACCAAAGAAAAGACAACCCAAAUACAAGAAAAUACAGCAAUAGAGCACACACUCUAUAUAAGAAAAAAAUAUAUCGAAAGUGGGUCCAAUAGUAUAGAGAGAUAACGUGCUUAAGCGCGUGAAAAUGUGCCAGAACGAAGAAAAGUUAUUGCUGCGGAUUUUCAUUUGCAAAAUGUGCGACAAGUGAAGCUCUCUUCUUCCAUCCAUCCAUCUAGGGAAGUUGCAGAAAGAGUAUUAAAACACGCCCCAGACAGUCCACCCAUAUUUUGCAAUAAAGAACCAUACUGUUGGGAAAAUUUUUACCCCCCAACCCCGCUGCCCUCUGCAUUGGGUGAUUCACAUAGCUACGGAUAUAAUCGAGGGAAACAGACGGCGCCAGGGUGAAAGUUGCUCCGAAUUUAAAAGUUAGCUAUAUUAUACAUACUGUCGCAAGAGUGGAGCCGCAAGAGGGGUUGUAUGGUGUUGCUGUGCUAGAAAAUGCAUCAUAAAUCAAUAAGAGAACCAGCGAAAAAAAUCCAUUUCACUCCUCAAGUAUUAAAUUAUGGUGAUUUCUGUGCAAUUAAAAUAACUUUAGUCACGUGAAAGUGUGUGGUGGGAAGCUGACGCGUGAGGGGUUGAAAACGAAAACGUGGAACACCUAAACUACAUACAAUAUUGCAUUGUAAGUUUUGAGCACACAUAGUAUUGCUAACACAAAGGGGUGUGUUUGAGGAAUAACGAAAAAAAAGUCUUUGUGUAUUUUGUGAUAUAUAAUUUUGUUGCAUUAAAGCACAAAGGACAUUUUCUUAGAGGUUAUUUGAAUGUGAUGCUGUACGAAGGGGGUGCGCCAAAUGCGCCCCCGGUAGAAAGUCCUGUCUGCAGCUUAAAAGCUCGCAAAUCUCAACCCCAAUUUUUGCGUGAGCGGAUUGAAUUUGCAACAGAGAGUGAGAGUAUAUAACGCUAUACAUAACGUGUUUGAUGCAUAAAUUGACGAAAAAUACCUGUGAGAUAUAUCUUUUGGUCAAAAGACCCUAAGGGUGUAUUAUCGAAGCAACAAGCUAACUUUUUGGGAAAUCUACUUAUAAAGAGAUACACCUCUUUCGUGCGAAAUAGGCGCGACAAGAGUAAAGAAAAGAAACAGCUCAUAACAAGGAAGGAGGAAGAAAAAACAAGAGAUCCUUGGGAGAUAAAUCUCAGUGUGUAAAUAUCAAUAGAGGACUAUAGAUAUAUAGCAAGAGUAGAGGAGAAGGAUAGAAUACAAAAAAAAGCGAUUUGAGAUAUAUAGAAAGAGGUUAGUGAUAUGGCUGACGAACCUGGACCGGAAGAGAGAACAUUUAAGGAAAAAUUAUUGUUCUACACAACAGCAUUUUUCAUCCUUCUCGGAACAUUUAGCUUAUUUGCAUUUCUCUUUCUUGUACCAUUUGUGAUUGAUCCUGCCUUUACCACAAUCUUUAUGCAAUUCGAUCCGAAUCCAGCAAUAUGUACCACAGUUGAGACGAUACACCUGCGUGGCGCCAGCAAUUGCUCCUGGACAUCCUGUCGGGAGGGAUGUACCAAGGAUAUUUUUGAAUGUCUGCAAAUAAGCGUCAACUAUCGCCUCAUGCCGAAUAAUACAAAUUUCACGGGUAUGGAUUUAGCAACACUCCCAGAUCCCGAACCAGAGGCACAACGGAGCCAUCAUCGGAGGAAGCGUGCCAUCAGGGAAUACGACUAUGCAGAUAGUGAGGAACAGAAGGUUGCGGAUGGUAUGAAUGGAAUAGAUCCGGCCAAUGGUAUCAUCGAGGUGGACUAUUCGGAUGUGAUUGACAUGGACCACGGUGAGGAGGGCAAUGAAUCCGAAUGGUUCUUCACAAUGGCACGAUUGUACCCCAAUGUGAAGGGCUGUGGAUACCCACCGGCACUCAACUGUACCAUUUGGACAAAAGCAUAUAAACGCAUCGGAACAAAUUUCACAUGUUACUACUCAAAGGUGGACCCAAAGCUCGUUAUCACGCAUCUGGACUAUAGGCAGAAUACACUGAAUCUUAUCUACAGCAUGGCCAUUCCGAUUCCCUCCUUUAUCAUCUCUGUAAUUUACCUCACAAUUGCCUACUUCAAAAUCUACCAUGAAGACGAGGAGGCAGCUCCGCUGGAUAAGAAUGCUGAAGGAAUGGCCGGUGAAGAUGAAGAAGGUGAAGAAGGAGAAGGAGGUGAAGAGGGUGAAGGGGUUGCCCUGGAGAACGGUACAGCCGGUGAGGGUGUGUCAUCAUCACUGCCAAAUGGGACAACCCCACUAACUGCAUCCGGACCACUCUUAUCCUCAAACACAGACAUUGCAUCAUUUGGCCAUCAGCUCAAAGUUAAGAUGGCAGAUGAGAUGUCGCGUGAAAGUAUUGACGGAGGACUCCUUUCUAACUCUGCCAGCAUUCAAGGAAACUUGAGCAAGACGAUGACGACGAGUAUCUCAACUCCACCUGGGCCGAUAGCAGCAGUUUGAAGAGACAGGUCCAUGGACUCGACAACAUCAAGUUUCACUACGGAAAGAAGUGAAGCAAAAUAGGCAUUUCUGCAGAUUCUCAUCCCAUCGGACGUGAAAGAAUGCGCAGAAAAUUCAGCCACAUUUGGCUGUUUGAAAAAUUGAUUAAUAAAAUUUUUGAAAGGAUUACAUUAUGAAAAAAAAAAUUUGAAUCAAGAUUUUCAUGUCAUCACACAUUACAUAUUUUUACUCUAAAAAAGCUAAAAUAAGCUUUGUGAGAAGCUUUUUUUCACUUUUAACCAAAAAAAAUGAAAGUGUGAAAAUUCAUUUGAAGCAGGAGAUCUUUUAUUAUUCAAAACUUUUGAUUCUCACAUGAAAAAAAAACGCAGCAAAUAUCAAUGUUAUAAAAUGCCAUGCAACAUUCACUCUAAAUUAUAUUUAUACAUAAUAAUUAAAGAAAAAAAGAUGAGCGUGAAGCAAAAAACAAAAUAUCUCGUACAAGAUUUCUUGUAAAUGCGAGUUAAACUGACAAAAAAGCUUUUUAAACAAUUUUUAAAAAAUCUCAUUGGGCCUCUUUUCCUUAAAACAACUUUAUUAUCCGAAAAUGUAUCUUCUAAAACCCCUCUUAUAUAUAAAUUGCUAAAGUAUUAUAUUAGUGAAAAUUACUAUGAUGGUCUUGUAUUUUUGUUAACAAAAAAAAAGAACUUGAAAACCUAAUUUAAAGCUUUUUUUUUUAAUGGAAAUUCAAUUUAUUUCUUUUUAAAUAUUUUAUCAAGUAAAUAUUGUGUAAAUAAUAUUGGCAUUGAAACAUUAUAAGCUCUCAAUUCUAAAAGAAAAUAAAAAAGAAAGAAAAUAUUGUAACUAAGAUCAUUGCAAACCUAUGCAAAUUAUAUUCCGAAGAAAUUGAAAAGGUAAAAAAAAACGUGUGAGAAGUAAACUUUGCACAACGAAUCAACGUAAAUUAGUUUAAAAAAAAACUUCUUUCUUAAAAAAAAUUACCACUCUAUUAAAGCAUUUUUUAGCAUAUUUAAUGAGUUCAUUCAGCAUGGGUAAUAAAAUGCGUAUUGUUAAUCUUUGCCCUUCAAGCAUUAUCAGACAUAAUAGAAGAAAAAGGCAAAGUUAUGGAAAGGAGUGUGAAAGGAGAAGCACAUCAUCGAUUUAUUGGCUUCUUCCACUUUAGUUUUUUCUUCAUCAUUCAAUAAAUGAAUCAAGCUGGAGAAACUGUAAAGAGACAAAGAGAAUAAUGUGGAACACUCUAUUUUUCUUUUCAAUUCUUAGAAAUGAUUUUCUACAAUUUUCAAUGUCAUCCCAAUCUCAAUCUUUUCAACAUGGGAGGUGAAAUCACGAUCAAAAAUAGGCACACAAGUCAAAUGUAUUGUAUAAUUUUAUUUAGACCUCCCACGCAUCAAAUGAAAUCAGAAAGAUAGAAAGUCAUGGAAGAAGCUUAAAAGAGACAACCCCUUAAUAAUAUACCUAUACAAGAAAAUGUGAGAAAGAUUUCCCCUUUGUUAAAUUUCCCAACGUAACACCCACAAAAAUUUCAAAAUAGACAGAGAAACAUGUAGAGAAGACAACAAAAAAGGAUAUUAUUCAAAUGACGUGCAUUUUUAGAUAAAUAUAUUAUGUACUGUAAAUUAUUUCAAAGAGAAAUAUGAAAAAAAAAACUGCGGAAAACCUUUACUAUUGAAUUUUAAGAGUCUAGCUACAUAUAAAAUGAGAAAAAAACUUCUUUGAUGAAAGAUCUUUAAUUGAAAGGCAAUUUAAAAAAAAAAUGUAAAAAAAAAGAUUAUAUUGAACUAUUUCAAAGAAAAAAAAGAACUGUUAAUGGUGUGUGUUUUGAAUGAUGAAAAAUUGCUUUUUAAUUGCUAUAUAUAUUAAAUAUACAUAACUAGGAGAGAAUGUGAAAAAUGAAGGAAUAAAUUCAAAAUUAUGAGAAAAAAAAUGAAAUGAGAACAACAAUAAAAAUCGUGAAAGCUUUAA